CAAUCCACUAUUUACUUAUGAGUUACAUGAUUCCUUAAUCAUUCCUUGUCUUCCUUCUUCUAUUUCGUGAAAACAAAAGUUGGCUUAUUCCACACCACUGUGAGUUUAGAAAACAAAAACAUUUGCUGAAUGCCUCUCCUCUCAGUUCCAUCCACCACCAAAACCCUAAAUUCUCCAUCCCCUUUCUAUCACCACCAUGCCACUUUCUUCCAAUCCAAAUCCAAAUCCAAAUUCAAAUUCAAACCCAAAUUUCAAUUUCAUCCAAUUCUCAAUCUCAGUAUCGCGUGUAAAAGUCUCGAUGUCGCAGUCUCUCCCGAUUCGAAGCUGAGAAGCGUUGGAUCCAAACACGUUGAUGUUGCCACUUUGGGUAAUCUUUGUGUUGAUAUUGUUCUCAAUGUUCCUCAAUUGCCUCCUUCUUCCGUUCAACAACGUAAAGCUUUCAUGGAACAUUUGGCUUCCUCUCCACCUCCCAAGAAACAUUGGGAAGCUGGUGGGAACUGCAAUAUGGCCAUAGCAGCUGCAAGGCUAGGACUUAACUGUGUAUCAAUUGGUCAUGUUGGUAAGGAAAUCUAUGGGAACUUUCUGUCGGAUGUGCUUCGUGAUGAGGGAAUUGGCAUGGUUGGGAUGAGUACUAAUGAUGAUACUGUCAGCUGUUCUGGUGCCUCUUAUGAAACACUUCUAUGCUGGGUUCUCGUUGAUCCUUUACAAAGACAUGGGUUUUGUAGUCGAGCUGAUUUUAGCAAGGAUCCUGCAUUUAAUUGGCUGAACAAAAUGUCCAGAGAAGCAAAAUUAGCUAUUAAAAAUUCAAAGGUUUUGUUUUGUAAUGGAUAUGGAUUUGAUGAUUUCUCUCCUGGUUUACUACUCUCAGUAGUGGACUGUGCUGUUGAAGUUGGCACAUCAAUCUUCUUUGAUCCUGGACCACGUGGAAAGAGCCUCUCCUCUGGGACUCAAGAACAACAGAGAGCUCUUAACCAGUUUCUGAGGAUGAGUGACGUUCUUCUUCUAACAUCUGACGAGGCUGAGUCAUUAACUGGCAUAGGAGAUCCGAUAUUAGCUGGGCAAGAGUUGCUUAAAAGAGGGAUCCGCACAAAGUGGGUGAUUGUAAAAAUGGGUCUUAAGGGUUCAAUUCUAAUAACUUCAUCAAGUAUAGCGUGUGCACCUGCAUUUAAGGUGAACAUUGUUGACAGUGUUGGGUGUGGAGACAGUUUUGUAGCUGCUAUUGCAUAUGGUUUUAUACAUAAAUUGCCAAUGGUUAAUACAUUAGCAUUUGCAAAUGCAGUAGGUGCGGCAACAGCCAUGGGCUGUGGUGCCGGUAGGAAUGUAGCAUCUCUGGAAAAGGUAGUAGAUAUAUUAAGAUCAUCGAGCUUCCAUGAAGAUCGUGAAUUUUGGACCGACAUUCUUGAAAAGAAAGUGAUAGAUCAGGAAGUAACAUGUCUGUCAAAUAUUGUGAUGAAUGGAAACAGAAAUCAUGUCAACUUUAUCCCAUUUGACAAGGUUGCCUCUGAGCUCUUGCCCAAGCUUGAGUUUCCACAGACAGUGGAGAAUGUGCCAACUUGAUGUUUUGACAGUUGAUUGCCACUCAUGUGAACUAACCCUUCUCUGGAUUCUCUCAACUUUUUGGCUCCUUUAUCCUCUAAAAGUCUAAAAGUAAGCGUUAAGACAGCAGAGUUUUAUCUCUGAAAAACACAUUGUUUUGAGCAAGUAUAUGACGUAGCUGCUCAUCAAACAAUUUAGCUGAUUUCUUUCGUUCCAGUCUCAAGUAUAUUCCUUUGAUGUCAAGGGUAUUUUUCCUCCCAUAAAGGGUGAGGCAGAGCUUUUAUCCUCUGGCAGAUUACAUUUCUUUUGGCUUCAUUUUUGCAUGAAUGCUUCUCAAGUAGUGAUAUGUAAUAGUCUCUAUAAUACAUAUUUUGAUAGUUAAUUGAUGGCAGAGGGAAAAGUGGUUUGUAUGAAUUUUAAUAUUUUGAAUAGGGAUUAUGUUAUUAUGAUUAUGAUACUUCAUGGUUGGAAUUAGAUACAAACAUGUGACAAAUGUUCUUCACC